CCAAUGUUGAGCAAAACAUUCUUCUGCAAUGGAAGAAGGGAAAACAAUGGCAGAUGAAGAAGAAGUGGUAGUGGAAGUCGAACAGCAGCAGCAGCAGCCAUGUCCACCGCUGUCGAAGAACGCACAGAAGAAACUGUUGAAGCAGCAACGAUACGAGGUCAAAAAGGCGGAGAAAAAGGCAUUGCUGAAAGAGCAGAAGAAGAGAGAAGGGGAGCGCAAGCGUAAGGAAUGGGAGGAGAAGCUGGCCAGCGCCACCGAAGAGGAGAAACAACAGUUGAUAGAGUCGAGGAAGUGCUUAAGGAAAGAGAGAAUGGACCAACGCUCUGAUGAAAAAGGAAAGAAGAUGCAGAGGCUCACUAAUGCUAAAGAAAAUGGCCAAAAUGUAGUUAUUGAUCUCGAGUUUGAUCACCUCAUGAGUUCUAGUGAGCUCCAUAGCCUCGUUCAACAGAUCAUGUACUGUUAUGCGGUGAAUGGAAGGUGUAGUUCUCCUGCUCACCUCUGGUUGACUGGCUGUCAAGGAGAAAUGCAAGCUCAGUUGCAAAGACUACCAGGUUUUGACAAGUGGGUAGUUGAAAAGGAGAACCGGCCAUAUAUUGAGGCAUUCCAAGAUCAGAAGGAACGGCUUGUAUAUCUCACUGCAGACUCAGAAACAACGCUAGACGUCCUUGAUCCAAAGCAUAUAUAUAUCAUUGGUGGGUUGGUGGAUAGGAAUCGGUGGAAAGGGCUAACCAUGAAAAAAGCAGAAGACCAAGGGAUUCAAACAGCAAAACUCCCUAUAGGAACUUACCUAAAGAUGUCUAGUUCCCAGGUCCUUACAGUCAAUCAAGUGGUAGAGAUACUUCUGAAAUACUUAGAGACAGGAGACUGGAAAACUUCAUUCUUUGCAGUGAUUCCACAGAGGAAAAGAUGUGAGGGUGAUAAUGAUAUUGAACAGGAUGAAGAUACGGAAGGGAAAGAUGAUCACGAGAAAAAAAUCCGUGAUAUUGAACUGGAAGAAGAGAAAGAUGAUCAAGAGUCUAAAAGACAGUGCAUUGAGAGUUGAAGUUUCAAAAGCUUCCACUCGAUCCUAUCAGAAUAGUCAGUGGUAUCAUCUUUGUUCUCCAGAACUUGUGUCAAUUAUAGUGAAGUUCACCUUAUUGAGAAGGUGCUUGGCUUCAGUUUUCUUUUUGCACUGUAUGACUUUGUUUCUUCCUCGUGUUUGUUCCUCAAUCUUUUUGGGUACAUAAACAUGUUGGGAAGAAUAAUUUUGAUGUAUUAUGCUUCAACAAACUUUAGAUGGCAAACAUAUGAUAUGCUUUUUUUUUCUCUGA